AAGCCGAGUGGGUCAUUGACUGAAGCUCGCCAGCUAAACUGAGUUUUUAUGGAUAUAAAGAAGGACAUUAUCGAACUAAAGGACCAUUUGUAAUGUAACUCGGACCCUUUGGAGUGCCAACAGAAGAAGAUCUUUAAAGGUCCAGAGUGAUUCUUGAUGGUAGCUACAGACUGAGAAGGAAGGACUGACUGACUAUAACUACAACCUCUCCCAGUGUCUUAACCAGCCACUUCAAACGGGUUUGUGUGACCUACCCUUCAGUGUGGGGGUGUUAGGACUAUCCCUCUGACAGCAUGGCCCCAGCGGUGGGCGGUCCGGUGGGCUACACUCCUCCAGAGGGGGGCUGGGGCUGGGCGGUGGUGGUGGGAGCCUUCAUCUCUAUCGGCUUCUCCUAUGCCUUCCCCAAGUCCAUCACUGUCUUCUUCAAGGAGCUGGAGGCCACCUUUGAUGCUACUCCCUCACAGGUCUCAUGGAUCUCCUCUAUCAUGCUGGCCUGCAUGUACGGUGGAGGACCAAUUAGCAGUAUUCUGGUGAACCGCUAUGGCAGUCGACCAAUCAUGAUGCUAGGGGGCUGUCUGUCAGGAAGUGGUUUGAUAGCAGCUUCCUUCUGCAACACUGUGCAACAACUCUACUUCUGUGUCGGAGUUAUUGGAGGUCUGGGUCUAGCGUUCAACCUGAACCCGGCGUUGACUAUGAUUGGUAAAUACUUCUAUAAGCGUCGUCCUAUAGCUAAUGGCAUUGCCAUGGCCGGCAGCCCAGUCUUCCUGUCCACACUGGCUCCUCUAAACUCCUGGUUCUUUGACCAGUUUGGCUGGAGGGGCUCCUUCCUCAUCCUAGGUGGUCUACUGCUCAACUGCUGUGUAGCCGGGUCCUUGAUGAGACCCAUUGGACCCAAACCUGCCGCCCCCCAACUGUCGGAGAACGGAGCGGUGAAGAAGGCGGAGUCUAAUCUGACGGUGAUGCAGCGUGUCAAUGCCGUGAUCGACCUGACGCUGUUUAAACACCGCGGCUUCCUGCUGUAUCUCCUUGGCAACGUCAUCAUGUUCUUUGGCCUGUUCUCUCCCCUAGUCUUCCUCUCCAACUACGCUAAGAGUAAGGACAUCAGUAAAGAGAAGGCUGCACUGCUUCUCUCCAUCCUCGCCUUUGUUGACAUGUUCGCCCGUCCUUCUAUGGGGCUGUUAGCCAACACCCGCUGGGUCCGACCCAGGAUACAGUACUACUUCGCUGCAUCCGUGCUCUAUAACGGGGUGUGUCACGUCUUGGCACCGCUGUCCGUGGACUAUGUAGGCUUCGUGGUGUAUGCUGUGUUCUUUGGGUUUGCAUUCGGCUGGCUGUCAGCAGUUCUGUUUGAGACUCUGAUGGACCUGGUUGGGGCCCAGAGGUUCUCCUCAGCCGUCGGACUCGUCACCAUCGUGGAGUGUGGACCGGUACUGCUGGGACCGCCACUACUCAGUCGUUUCUAUGACUUCUAUGGUGACUACCAGUGGACCUACCUGUGUUGUGGUAUCAUCCUCAUCAUCUCCUCAGUUUUCCUCUUCGUAGGGAUGGGCAUCAACUACAAGCUGUUGGAGAGAGAGAAGGAGGAGGAGGAGAGGAGAGAGAGGGAGCGGCCCAAGGAGGAGUGCACAGCCAUGCUGGAGGGAGAGAAGGAGGAGAGGAGAGAGAGGGAGCGGCCCAAGGGGGAGUGCACAGCCAUGCUGGAGGGAGAGAAGGAAAGGGGGGAGGAGAGUAGUGAGGCCACACCCAUGACGGAUGUUUCUAAGAUGGAUGAAGAUAUUGUUUAGCAGGGUUGUCAACUAAAUGUAGCUGCGGUCGAGGGGCCGAAACAACAUAAUUAGAAUAAUUUGAACACUGUAAAUUCACCACAACUAAGCCCAAAAAGAGAGAACAUGACCAUUUCAUACCUUGAUUACAUUGAGAAUAGUUGGGAGCACAUUUCCUAAAUUUAAAUAAUUUUUAGUUGAAUUCCUGUAUCCCCUUAUUACUACUACU